GCGAGUGAGGUGUGAACUGUGAAAAACGAUGGCCGCCAUUUGUCUUUGCUGGAAGUGCUUUUCAGUGUCCGAUCAAUAAUCACAACUUGCAUUGAGCUAUUUCCAAUUAGGACGCAUAGUUGGGUGCCAACUUCUAGCUAAAAGUUGCCUGCACCGAUGGGUACAAGUUUCCUGCGGUAAUGGUUCGUACCACGCGCGCAGCGAUGAGGAAUUCAUCGCUUUCACCCAAAGAGGAGGUGAACGAACUUGAUCAAUCUCCGCCAGAUGAUACUACGGCAAUAGAAGGUGCUACUGCUGCUUCAGGCAGUGGUGCAGUUACGGAGAUGGCAGAGCAUCUCUACGACGGGAAUCCUAUCUCAUCCAACAUGAGCCCAUCAGUGGUGCUGGAAAAAUUAUCGAUUGAGCAAGUUGCUCCAGGUUCAGCGUCUGCCACCAAGAGAGGAGGGCGAGCGAAGGGCGUGUCCAGCACUUCGAGGGCAAUGAGAAGCAAACGGAAAAAAUCACCUUCUAUUGCUGAUAGGGAUGAAUCCAGUGACGAUGGGUUAGUGGAGCUGAUUGAAAUAGUUGACGAAGACUCCAAAUCGAGGGAAAGUUCUGAUAGCACACCGGAUACUGUGGUCACUCAGGAUUCAACCAAAACGGACAUCCAAACCUCAAAGAAAGAACAAAGCCUUCCGCAACCAAUGGAUUACGAUGUAAGCGUGAAAGCAUUUGUAAUUGGAGAGAGUAGCAUCAAAGUGCUGCAGCAGGCUAAUUUGGACAAAAAGCAAGAGGAGGAUGAUGCAUCCAGUUCGGUUAGCAGUGGUCCCCAUACCGUUCAUGAAGGUGAAGGUGGGAAAUCGCCAAAAUCGGAAAUUGUUGGUACGCGCAAAUCAAAACGUCAGGUCAAGGUGACCAACAAGUUCCGUGAUUUUGUCGUGGAUGCUCCACUGCCAUCUUCUCAAGUUCCGUACUCCGAUGUCAAACUAGCCCGUAGUGCUUGUUCCGCGAAGAAAAAUCCACCGAAGGAGCUCGAAGUAUUUUUAUCCUCCGAUGAGUUGUCUCCAGAUUCGCCUCCGAUGCUCAUUCGACCGCCAGUGAGAACAUACAGCAGUAAAAAGGAGAAAGUUGUCGGCACUUCUAAAACAGUGGUGGAGGAAAAACCGAAAAGGAGAAUUACUCGAUCAACAACUCCGGUUAAUCGAGAGCCUCGAGGUCGUAAGAAAAAAGAUACUAAAACAGACGACUUUUACGGUUUCUUGGAUGUUGGCGAUGAAACAAUUUUAUUGCCUACUCCGGAGGACAGAAAUGAUUCUACGCUGAUGUUGGAUAUAGACAGCAGUUACUUUACAGAUGACGAGUUUAUCAAGUACGGCAGUCCGUCCCCCACGGAUUUUUGUGGUUGGCCGGAGGAAGAAUUCGCUGAUCCCGUGGCAGGACCUUCUAGGCCGAUCGUGGUUGAAAAACAAACUGCUUAUAGCAGCGUCCAAUCAACAACCGAGAUUAAUACGGAACUGGGUGAUAAGAACGAUUUACCAACUGUCAAACGUCGAGGAAGAGUACCCAAGGCUGCUCAGCUUAAACCAGUGGUUCCACCGGUUGAGUCGAAUGUACGACCGGCUGGUUCCACAUUUAUCAAGCGUUCGUAUAAAACGACAAGAAGCAGCGUGGCGAAUGUUGUGUCGGAUGUAAAUGUAAAGGAUGAUGUUCCCGUCAGUACAAAAAGCAAAGAAGCUGCGGCUAACAAAUCUGAAACUAUCGAAAGUGACCAAGCUGCUUGCAGUGAAAAACUCUCUAUCGCCGUUCCUGCCAUAGUAGAUCUGAACGCGCAAGAGGAGAUGAUUUCGGAACAGUCUAGUGAUGUAAAGCCGAUGGAAACCGUCGAAAUCGAAGAUGUGUUGGAAGAUGCGAUUGAAAUCGUCCUACAAGCUGACGAAAUAAUCAAUGACGAUGGAAUAUCGAUGGAAGUCACUUCGGCUGCGAGUAUAGUUUCAUAUGAAGACGUUCCGAGGCCUCCACGGAACAGACGCAGGAUACGAGGCGGAUCUAGACUAUCCCCAGCAGAUGCGACUCCCCGAAGAGGAAGAAGUAAGAAAAGGGGUCCAAUGGUUGGCGAGGCAAAAGAUGAUAGCAAAUCAGCUGAAGUCGAUGCUCCAGAAGUAACGGAAGUAAAAGUCGAACCAAUGGUGGUAGAUGCAGAACCAUCGAAUACUGAGACGAUCCACCAAGUUGUAGAGACUUUGAGUGGAUCGACAGAACCACUUGUCUUGGAAGACGUAGAAAUGAAACAAACUGACAAGCAGUCAUCGAAUUCGAUUCUCGGCCCUGAUGUAUUUGUGAAAGAUGAAAAGGAUGACACUUCGAGAAAUGAUCGCAAAGUCGAGCAUAAGUCCCGUAAACAUGGAACUAAGUCGGUUUCCCUCCCGGAAGAACCCAAAGCAAAACCAGAAGUGGCCAAGCAGCUCCCUGAUUUAGCUUCCAAGACAGCUGAGUCGGAAGAAGCUAUACUACUGGACACGAAAGAUAUAAUUCCCUCGCAAAUGGUCAAAGAAGAACAAUCGAAAGAGGAUGAAAAGACAGAAGCACUUGUAGAGCCCAAAGCAGCACCUGUAGUUGACACCCUAUCAAAAAGCCCCAAGAAAUCUAGCAAAACUUCGAAGGAAUCUAAAAAUUACCCCGAGGAUGCAACCCUCAAAGAUACCCGGAAGUCAAAGGAAUCCAAAGAUUCUUCGUCGAAAGACGCGAGAAAAGGCGAUUCUUCUCGCAAGGAACGCGAUUCUUCCAAGUCCAGUAAGGACAGGGAUAGGGACAAAGAGCGCAGAUCAAAAUCAGAGACUGACAAAAAAGAGUACCGUUCAGAAGGAGCAUCAGAUUCGGGGAAAAAACGUACCGACCGUGAGUCGAAAACGGAUUCGGACAAAAAACGUGCGGAAACCACAGAUAAAAAUUUACUACCGGACCCAGAGAAGAAGGACACAAAAUCAAGCGUGGAAAAAUCCAAAAAGAGCUCCGACGCUGAUCUUCUAACAGAGAAAAAGGUGAGUGAGAAGAAAUUGGCUGACGCAGAAAAGAAAGAAUCAAAACCGCCGACUCCGGUUCCCAAGCAGACGACGGACAAGCCGAAAAAAAACUUCGACACCGAGCUGCAAGCUCUGGAACCAAGCAUAAAGCAGAAAGCUAGCGAUGAUGCCAAGCGGUCCAAAGAUUCGGAAAAAUCGUCUCGCAAAUCCGAUAAACACGCGCAUCGCAGCGAAUCGGCGGACAAGCGCAAGAGCGGCAGCAGCAGCAGCAGCAGCAGUGAUCCGAAGAGAAAAUCGCAAGCUGGUAAAAGUCGUUCGACGGAUUCCUCUCCGAUUACCGCCAAGCAUAGUUCUUCCAGUUCCAAGUCGAAAUCCUCGAAGGAAUCAUCCAGCAGCAGCAAAAAGGAUUAUACAAAAAGUUCAAAAGGUCGGAAAAGCAUCGCGGGAUGCCCCCCGAAGGAUGAGAAAAUCAAAGAUGAAUCACUCCCCAGGAAAGAGAGGGACAGCAAGAAGGAAAAACCGAAAGAAAUCAUUGAACCAUCCGUGGAUGUGCAACCGCCGAAAGCGGAACCUGCAGAGGAAAUGCCUAAGCCGGUCGAAAUGCAAGAGAUACCUCUAGUUAAACCUCCGGUGGAACAGGAACCGCAACCGGAAAUGCCUCGCAUAGCCACGAAAGCUUCGCGAAAAAUGUACCAAAAUGAAGAGGAAAUUGAAAUCGCAAGCUCGUCUCAGGAAUCGAUAUCUUCCGAAUCUAAAGUUUCCUGUGAGCCAAUCAUGCAGGAACCGACAACGGAGGAAGAAAUACAACAAAUUUCCGAAGUUUUCGACAAUACCGUUCAGAUUUCCGGUCCCCGCCCUGAGGUGGCACUGAAAGAGUUCCAAAAUAUUUCACUUUCUGACGAAAAGCCAGCAGAGAUGGAACAAAAGCCUGCGAUCGAUAGUCAGGAGGAAAUUGCAGCACCCACGCGGGAAACUGUUCCGUCGUCUCCCACGCAGGAUCCAACCAACGACGACUCCAACUCGAACAAUAGUUCGACCACGGACAGCGUGAAAGAUUCGAAAGCAUCCGAGCGAGAGGAUGAUGCUAACAUCCGCAGAUCGUCCCGUAUCAAAACUAUCAGUUCGCAGAAGCAGAGAACCAGCGGACAUGGGCUGGUCAAGGAUAGGGACAAGUUUCUCAAGAAAACAACCAUCUCGGUGGGGUUCGAUUCGAAAGUGCUGAAGGAUGCAGUCACGGGAAACUUCAACGUUGUUUCGGCGGCUGACAAUUCGGGAGAGCUCCCGGCAGGGGGAGAGUUCGAUGCGUUGGUAACCAACAUCGAGCUGUCCGAGGAGUACCUGCGUGACAUGGAGGACAAGCUGAGUCGGUUUGAAACUAUCCGGGAGAAUGUUUAUCACUGCGAUAAGGUUGUCAGUAGGGAGGCCAAGAAAAUGACUUGUGAUUGCUUUCUGACGGGGGAGGAGAUCGAGCGUGGUGAGCUUGGCUGCGGUGAGGAUUGUCUGAACAAACUGCUGAUGAUUGAAUGUGGCUCAAGGUGCGUGGUGGCGGAGCGUUGCACGAACAAACGCUUCCAGAAGCUAGAGUAUGCGAAUUGCCAGGUCUUCAGAACGGAAAAGAAGGGGUUCGGUAUUCAGGCUAGCACGGAUAUUGCCCCGGGAGAAUUCAUAAUGGAGUACGUGGGGGAAGUACUGAACAGCGAGCAGUUCGACGAACGAGCCGAGCUGUACUCCAAGGAGAAGAACAAGCAUUAUUAUUUUAUGGCCCUGAGAAGUGAUGCUAUCAUCGAUGCUACCACGAAAGGUAACAUAUCUCGAUUCAUAAACCAUUCGUGCGAACCGAACGCGGAAACUCAAAAGUGGACGGUAAACGGAGAGCUUCGGAUAGGAUUCUUCAGCACCAAAUAUAUCAUGCCGGGGGAUGAAAUCACAUUCGACUAUCAGUUCCAACGUUAUGGAAGAAGGGCUCAGAAGUGCUACUGUGAGGCGGAAUCCUGUACGGGCUGGAUCGGCGGCGAUCCGGGUAGUGACGGAGAAUCGGAGUAUGAAGAUGACGAAGAAAUUGAAGAAAGCGAAGAGGAAGAAGAGAUACCACCAGAAGUUGUUCCUCCGGUCGCUCCCCCUGUCGUUGAGCCCGUAGAGAAGAUUGUUGAUUCCGAAAAGCGGGAAGAAACCGCGGAUCUUAUCACGCCAAUAGUCGAAAGUGUACCACCGGAAACGGCAGAACCCACUGAACCAACCGUGGAGACUAAACCACCCGAACCAAAGCCGAAGAAGGUUCGCAAACGUGUUGAGCGCCAAAAGAAGCGACGCCCGCAAAUUCACGAAGAUCCCGAUUUGGAGCAGGAGAUCAACAAUCUGCUGAAGACCGGGCUGAAGAAUCAAGCGCAAACGUUGAAGCUUUCACGGUUGAUGGUUCGGGCCAAGGAUAUCAAAUCCCGAAGUCGGUUGCUCAUAAUACUGCAAAGUGGAGAGUUGCCUUGCCGUCGGCUCUUCCUGGAUUACCACGGUCUGAGGCUACUGUACGGGUGGAUAUGCGAGUCCACCGAAUCGAUCGAAGAUCUAAAAUUUCGCAUCCAAAUAUUGGAUACCCUCGAUCGGUUACCCAUUCCAAACAAAACAAUGCUGAAGGACAGCAAGAUCUUACAAACCAUGGAAAAGUGGGCUAAAAUUGAGAAGACCAAGGAAAAGGAAAAGGAGGUGGAGAAGGAGAAAGAGAAGGACACCUCGAGUACAAGCUCGCCGAGUGAUAGUAAUGGAGCAGGCAGCGAUAGCUCUUCCGAAGCGAAAAAGCAGGAUGUUGUUGGCAACGCUGAGGUGUUGAAAAAUAUGCCGGAGCUAUUGAAAUUGGCUGAUCUUGGCCGACUGAAGGAGAUCAUCAGUAGCACAUGCGUGGAGAAGGAAGCCGAGAAGGAAAAACCGCCGGCGGCCAGCACGAUCACCGAUGCAAUAACAUCGGCAGCAAGUCUGAUAGAUUCGAUUCAGAUUCCUGAACCGGAGGACGAAAACGCCCCUGAAGAGAAACGCCUCGUCACGCAAAUCCGUAUUCUUUCCUGUAAAUUGCUCAUUAGCUGGGUCAAUUUAAAAGAAGUUUUCCGCAUUCCCAAAAAAGAACGGAUAGAGCAGAUGAAAGAGCACGAACGGGAGGCUGAUCUGCGCUACAAAGCGCUUGGUCUAGGAGACGAUGAUCAAACUUCUCAGCGGCAUUCGUCCAGUCGAUACACCGAGCGUUCGCGUGAGUUGAAACGCCGUAAAUCGGUGGACGAUCGGGAUCUGCUGGGUUACCACAAAAUGAAGCGUCCCCUCAGCACUGUCAGUCCGAUGAUGAAGAUGGACAAUAUGUCGAAGCAACAGCGCCGACAGCUGUUCGAAAUGAAGGUCGCCCACGAGGAGGCCGAGCGAAGGAACAAGGAGCUCUGGAUGCAGCACGAAAACAAUUGCAUGAAGUUCGGUUUGAAUCCGCACAUCACUUCCCCGAUGGACGUUCCAGCGAAGAUGAAUCCCGCCACGGGAGAAUAUUUUUCCGCAGAUGAUCGGCUCCUGCCGACGCCUCCAAGUCAUGUUUAUUUCAAAGUGCUGCCACCGCCAAUGCCAACAAAUCCGGAAGACUACGAACUACCGCCGAUGGAUUUGCCGUCCCUCUGGAAGUUUGCCAUCGAUGACCGAGGGCGGCUGUACUAUUACCACGUUAAGGACCGUAUACCUCAGUGGGAACCACCGAAAAAGGAUAACCCGUAUGCUCCAGGACGGGGUUUGCGCGAUGAAGACAUCUCGAUGAGUUCCGAUGCCAGCACAACCGACACAGAGGAUUCCGAAGAGGAGCAUUUAAACGUCCAGUUGGAACAGUUGCGGAAGAAGAAGAAAAAGCAACAAUCGAGCUUUAAUUUGGAUGAUGUUCUUGCGAAACCGGAUGAUAUGAACGAUGACCUGUCGAAAACCAUCAAGGAUUUGGAGGCGGGUGAUUCUUCGCCACACGGUAGUAACAGUGCGGAGAAACUGUUUGGUGAUAAUCUCGAAAAAACUGCCGAAGAACUGCUACAGCAUCGCAAGCGUAAGCACAGCAAUAAGCUGGUCCAGGAGCGGGUUAUCAGUCCCCGCACCGAGGAGGACAAACUGUACGGCCAGAUGGAGAUGAAGCGCUACAAAGAAACCAAAGAGAAACUUCGACGGCGUAAAGAGGAGGCCAAGCGGUUGCGGGCACGCAGCAUGUUGGAUAAAUCGCUUUCGGACAGCCCAUUCAGUGGAUCGUACUCGGGUGACAAUCUGGACAAGAGCGCAACGGAAAGUUCGCUCAUCGAUGACGAUUUAGUUGUAUCGCACAAAAUUGUCGAGGACAAGUGCAUCGUGGACGAGUUGGAUAUUCUGACGAAGAAGAAAAAGAUUUCCCCCUACGAGGAAUGGCAGAAGGUGAAACAACGGUUGGGUAAGAAGCGGGCCGCAAAAACAGCCGAAAGCUCCAGCUUGGGUGGGUCAUCUUCAUCGGCAGCAUCUUCGUCGCUGGGUACCGGCUCUUCGAAAGUCGCCAAACGGAAACGAUCCGACAAGUCGGAUCUUAACAGCGAUGAGGCUAGGAAAAUCAAGGAGAAGUUUCGAGGCGAAAUAGCUGGUGUGAUUGUGCAGCAUUUGAGCGCUUACCGGAAGGAAUCCUGUCAGAACGGACGGAUCACUAACACCGAGGACUUCAAACAUCUCGCUCGGAAGUUGACACAUUUUGUGCUACUGAAAGAGCUCAAACAUUGUGACAAUACUGUUCACGAGCUGGAGGUGACAGAUUCCGUCAGAACCAAGGCGCGGGAGUUCAUCAAGAAGUACAUGGCUAAACAUGGCACCGUGUAUGUGCGGGGUGAAAAUGAACCUGAUUAUGCAAACAUCAAUCUCUGAGAGGAGGCCAAGGGAAGGGUGGAAAAGCCAAUCCCAAAGGCUCCACUGGCUUCCCAGGAAUGAAUGACAAAAGAGGUAGAGUAUUUUAACGAUUAUUUUUAGAAUCUUGCUAGAUGGAUUUAGCAACUGUAGAUUAUUUUUAAUUUAUAUGAGUCUAAUUUGGGCGAACUACGUGAAUUGUGUUUUCUCACCAAAUGGACAUAGUAUAGGAAGAGUUGGUUCACGGAACCAGUUAAUUUUAUACAAUGUGGAUUAAGUGUGUGAAAUACUGAUAUAAAUAGUUCAUCAUGAAUAGUGAAUGAAAA